GUAGUUAUUAUAUUAUGCAAUAAUUUUAUAUACAAUCGAUAUUCCGUGAUAAAUUGUUAUCGCUUACACAAUGCACAAAUCACCAAGUUCGAGAGCGUUACUUUAUCAGUACAGUCUCAUCUCUAGUUCAAAUCAUUUGCGAAAUUGUUGUUAAAAAUGUGUAAAUAUAUAUUCUGUUGCUGCUGUUGUAGCAACGGAGUAGAAAAACUCGUAGAAGAAAGUGACACUUCAACAGUGGUAACAGAACAGCCCCAUCUAUCGGAACCCAUUUCAAACUUACAACCUAACCUCAACUCAGAGCCAUCUAGUCCUGUUUUAGAACCACCAACAAAACAAAAAUCAGAACCCCCACAACUGAAUAAUCAAAACACAGUGAAACCUAACCCAAUUCAACGUAUUCCCAAAGUCACACGAGUGAUAUCUAACCUCAACUCAGAGCCAUCUAGUCCUGUUUUAGAACCACCAACAAAACAAAACUCUGAACCCCCACAACUGAAUAAUAAAACCACAGUGAAACCUAACCCAAUUCAACGUAUUCCCAAAGUCCACCAGUGAUAUCUAACCUCAAAGCAGAGCCAUCUUGGCAAACAUAUCAACUUCUACAAAAGAACACAAUUUAAGUGUAAAUACAGCACAGCAACUUGUGCAACUUUUCGCUGAAGGUAACACUUUACCAUUUAUCGCACGACAUCGCAAAGACAUCAUUGGUGCAAUGACAACUGAAGAGCUACGCAACAUAAAAGCAACCUAUGAUAAACUUCUACAAUUGAGACGUGAUCUCGUACGAAUUCAUUCCGUGAUUGUGUCAAUGGAAAUGAUGAGUAAAGAGUUGCAUACCACGUUGAUGAAUGUCAAAAGUCGUGAAGCUCUUGACGAAAUGUAUGCGCCAUAUGAAACCGUUGCAGAGAAGAAAGCGUCAGCAGAAAGGCAAAAACUAGCGGUUUGCGAAGAAUACGCAAACAUGAUUCUUCAAGGUGCGUCACCAAUAAUCAAUUCGGUGGAUAAAACAACAAUUAUACAACUUGUCGCAGCGAAAAUUUGUAGUUCCCAACCAUCUUUGGAGUAUUUACAAUCGUUGUGCAAACAAGCACAUUGUUCUUUAAGUUGUAAUCGAUUAAACUAUCAAAAAUUUAAUCAUAAAUAUCAUGGUUACUACAAUCGGACAUUUAUAACCAAAGAUUUGAAAGCACAUCAGAUUUUAGCUAUAAAUCGCGCUGAAAACUUGAAAUUAAUCAACGUCACGCUUGGUUUCGCUGAUUUUUCCUUUGCGUAUUACAAUCACAUUCGAAAACAUUUCCCGAAAGCAUUAUCAGCGAAUGUUUUUGUUGAAUCGAUGAAGUUUUGUUACAAAAAUAAAGCUGUGCCGUUGUUAAAACGUAUGAAACGCGCAGCUUUGACUGAUUUUGCGCAAAAAUCAGCUCUGGAUGUGUAUACAAGUAAUGUAAAGCAAUUAUUAUUGACAACUCCGGUGAAAAACAAGCGAAUUUUGGGUGUUGAUCCAGGGACAAGUCUUGGAUGUAAACUGGGAUUGAUUUCGGAGACUGGGGAAGUUUUAGCGACUGGUGUAGUCUUCCCGAAUGCACAUAAUCGUGAACAACAGAAACAAAAGUUUAGGAAUAUGCUAAAACAACAUCAUUGUUCCUUAAUAGCGAUUGGUAAUGGCACUGGAUGUCGCGAAGCGGAAGCAUGGAUCUCCGCCAUGAUUUCCUGUAAUUAUUUUGCUCCCCUGCAAGUUUCCUAUACAAUUGUCAAUGAAAACGGCGCAUCGAUUUAUUCUUGCAGUCCUGAAGCCAUUAGAGAGUUCAAAAACAUGGAUCCCAUUCUUAUUGGUGCUAUCUCCCUGGCGCGUAGAGUACAAAACCCUCUCUCGGAAUUGGUAAAAGUUGAACCCCGGCACAUGGGUGUCGGUAUGUACCAACAUGAUCUGGACCCUGAUCGUCUCAAACACGCUUUGGACGAAGUCAUCUCUGAAUGUGUCAGUUUUGUUGGUGUUGAUGUAAACACCGCCUCACAGUGUUUAUUGCGCCACGUAGCGGGUUUAUCUGAUUCCUUAGCUGAUGAAAUCAUUUUGCAUCGCAACCGUCAUGGCGACUUUACCCAACGUAAAGAUAUCUACAAAGUGCGUGGUAUUAACACGCUCACAUACAAACAAUGCGUUGGUUUCUUGAAGGUUUUAAACGGUGCUAAUAAACUGGAUGAGACUUCUGUUCAUCCAGAGUCUUAUGAAGUGGUGAGACGUAUUAUGAAGACGUUAAAAAUGCGUCAGGAUCAAGUGGGGACUGGUACAUUCCGUGUGAAGGUGAUUGAACAUCGUGGUGUGUUUAUGAUUGGGUAUAAGAAGUUGGGCACGAGUAGAGAGCGUUUGGAAUGUAUUUUGGACGGGUUAACUGAGAAGGAGGAAGUGCGCGAGACGCCAUUUUGUGAGCGGAUGUUCCGGAGUGAUGUUAGGAACGUGCAUCAACUCUAUGUAGGUAUUGAGCUUACUGGCGCAGUGACUAAUGUGACAACAUUUGGUAGUUUUAUCGAUGUAGGAGUUGGGAUUAAAGGAUUAGUGCAUGUAAACAACGCAAAGGGUGUAAAUUUGCAGAUUGGUAAUCGUGUUAAGGUUAUGGUUUGCAAUUUGAACAAAAACCGACAGCGGAUUGGUUUAAAACUUAUAAAAGUUUUGUAAAUAAGUUGGGUAUUUAAAUUUUGUUGAGUUUUACACGUUUUGUACAUAAACCCCUACUAAUAUUAUAAAUGCGAAAGUCCUGAUGUUUGUUACACUUUCACGCAAAAACUACUUAACCGAUCAUCAUGAAAAUUUGUACACAUAUUCAUAGUGGUCCCCGAAUGGUUAUAGGCUACUUUUUAUUUAAUAAAAACAAUUACUUUUGAAAUAAAAUAAA